AUGGCCAAGAAUCUCGAAAACGUCCACCACCACUUGAUGGAAGUUGCCAAGGAAUCCCAGCGUCUCUCUCACAAGAAGUACACAGCCGAUGAUGUCCGCAUGCUCCAGGAGAAGCUUGCUGAUAUUGAUGCCAAGUACAAGAAUGGGGUAUAUGAUGACGUGGACAAGAGCAUGCAAGCCGAUGUCUACGAAACCGAAGGUCAAGCCCAGGUGGCUGACGAAUUAGAGAGAAUUCAUCAAACUCUUCAUGUGAUGCUUACCCGUAUUGAUACUUAUAACUAA